AGCGCUUACGCAAACAGAGAGAUCACCUCUCCGUUGACGAUAGAGGAUGGAACUAUUUCCAUAUGAAUUAUUUCUAUUUGUGGUUUACAGAAUGCAAACAAGAUCUUCAUGAAUACACGACCUUGUUUCAUGAAAGGAGACAUCGAUUCGGUGAAUCAUAAGCCAGUAUAACUCAAUCGAAUGAGGCUAUACGUAAACUCUCUAUGCACGCAUUGCAGUUACUGUAAGCUGGUAAUCAAGUAAAGAUUCACAUACAAAUAAAAAGAUAAGCUUCAGCAUACCUCAAGUGCGCCCAUCACCUGUCAAAAAGAACUGGAGUGAUGGGAUGCCACGGUUGUCUAUGGAAGAAUACUAUUUCGGGUAUUUCAAAUGAAUCUAGGAAAGUUUUUUUUUCUUCCGUUGUGUAUAAUAAGUUUCCUAAAGCAAAUGAGGAUUAUAUUGAAUCGGUUCUUUCCUUUGUCUUCAGGAUGCAACUACGUAAUGCCAUCAUUGCCAUCGUCGCUGCAUUGAUGCCUUCUUUUGAGGCAUACGAAUUUGAUGUGGAUUGGGUCGCACAACAUCUUGCUGCCCGGUCGCCAUAUCCCACCAAACAUAUUGCUAGCAAGGAUAUACUUCCUGAAGGAUACACACUGGAACAAAUGCAACUCAUUGUACGUCACGGCACACGGUAUCCUGAAAAGGACGAUGUCGAGGAAAUUGAAGCUGCGCUACAAUUACUACGAACAAGUAGUAACCGAACCGCCGUGGGUUGGGUGGACGACUACGUGAAUCCGUUCGAUAUGGAGCACGAAGGGCUGCUGGACAGUAAAGGCGUCGAGGAACAAUACCUGCAUGGACGUCGAAUUGCUGAGAGCUAUCCUACCUUUAUCAGUCAAAUUGCGGACGACCGGUUUACUGGCGUGUCAGUUUUUUCCUCCUACACCCAGCGCACCGCCGAAUCUGGCGGAGCACUAUGUCGUGGGAUCUUUGACACGUAUUCUAGCGCGAAUACAGCGGACGACGAGUCAUCGUUGAAGAUGGUGAUCACUAGUAAAAGCAAUGAUACCAUGCUCGCUUUCCAUGAACAUUGUCCCCGAUGGAAAAAUGAGGUGCAGAACAACCCUUCGUCAAAUAUCCAAGUGAGCCGGUGGAAAACAAAAGCAUUGGCGCCUAUAGCCGAACGAUUAUCCGAGGAUCUUGGCGUUUCUGUGGGCACAAAAGCGGUGAAAAACAUCCAUAAUGGCUGUGCUUAUGAAGUCGCUCAGCGAAAUAACGCGAGUACAUUUUGUACACUGUUCAGUCCUGAGGAGCUUUUAAAGCUGGAGUAUCGUAAUGAUCUAAAGUACUAUUACAAAUAUUCGUAUGGCUUUGAGGAACUCAACGGACGCAUGGCUUGCAAUCUCGCAAAAAAAUUGAUGCAGGAUAUGGAUGACGCAGUCCAGAGGAAGCCAAACCACGAGCGUCUAACCAUCAAAGUCGGCCAUUCAGAGACGAUCAUCCCUUUGCAAACUUUCUUUGGCCUGUUCCGGGACGACGAGCGAUUGGAAGCGGACUCAAGUCCUGAAGUCAUUGACCAGCGGCAGUUCAGGACAUCUCAGUUUGGAUCGUUUGCUAGUAAUUUGGCGUUUCAAGUACUGAGUCAACAAAAUACGGACGAAAAAUACAUUCGAGUAUUAGUAUCUGAAACCCCUGUCGUCGUACCUGGAUGUGACACUGAACUUUGUCCCUACAGUCAGUUCCGCCAGUCUAUCGAACCGAAUCUACAAUGUGAUUUUGAUACACUUUGCGAAGUCACCUCAUAGAACAAUAAAAAAGUAGGCAUACAGUAAUAGUAAGACUCAAGUUAGAGCUCUUCGCUGUCGGAUACAGUCGUUUUAUUGCUUUACCGAAUUCGGGGGGGGGGAAGAUCAAUCUUUUACGGCAACCGAACCUAUAAUAUUUGCCAUUCCAAAACUGUUUUAUAGUAAAGACGAAUGUCUGUACGGUACCGCAUAUAAGAUUAUCUGCCAGCAAAAUAUAGUUAACUUCAGCACUAUUGCAGGAUUUGCAAUCAAACGCGUGAGCAUGAUAGAUACGUAACGGCAGUACUGAAGGAUAAGGAAUUCAAUAAUAUUGAUAGGUAGACCCGGAAUGCAGGCGCAUCGUAAUACCUAACCAAGAAACUGAGGGUGUGAUUCACCGAGAUGGUUUUAGGAGAAAUGGUAAAGACAGCAUUCAUGGUUGUACCAAAGCGAGCAAGCGGAUUUUUGCA